UAAGCAUUCAAAACAACACAGUUUUUCACAUCAACCCGUUCUGGUGCAAAGUGUCUGAUCUUUUUGAACGAGAUGAAUUUUCUGGCAAGUGUUACGCUCUUGGGUCUAGCAGCCUUCACCCUGGCUGCUCUUACACCAGAACAACAAGAGGAGGCGGAUAUGGCUAUAGGACAGUGUGCCACAGAUUUAGGCUUUCAGCUAGACGGUGACAUAAUAGUCAUUGUGAAAUACAACGGAACCCUUUUCCCCGGUGACGAAAACUCCAAGGAAUUUCUCGCUUGCGCUCUAAAGCAAAUUGACGUGUUGACUGAUGAUGGGAUACAGAUUGAAAAAUAUAUUGACUUUCUUUCCGAAGGUCACGAUGUUCAAGCCCUUUCCGAAGUCAUUAAUAAAUGUGCCACGGUAGAUGGAGAUACCGUCACAGAUAAGGGAUAUAACUUCUACAAGUGUUUUUGGGACACGAAAGACUUUGAUUUGUAAAUAUCGAAUGAAAGGAAUAGUUUUCUGAUCUGUCGAAGUGUAUUCUCAUUUUGACUAAACCUUGAUUUCGUGUACAUAAAUGAAAUCAGUCUAGUUGAAAGAAGAAAAAAAUUAGACGAACUCGAGCUAAUACUUGAACUUAAUAGUGAUUGACUUUGGUCGCGGAAGCAACAGUGUCUGUACCUCUUUAUUCGUUUGCAUAUCCUUGAGGUCUAGAUGUAAAAUUAUAAUUUAUACAUAUUUUUUUUCUCAAACAAGAAAUAUUGUUGCCUUUGGUUUUCGGGCUGAAGGAUAUCUAGGAAAAUUUGUGUUCUAUUCAAGUAUUUAAGAAUGUAUCACACAUAUCUCGGUAUAAUUAUUUAAUCACACAGUUACUCUGAUGUAAUGUAAUGUAACAGUUAGUUAGUUAAAGAAAAUAUACUAGUUUUAGGGCAAUGGUAAAUAAAAUUAGUUCCCAAAAAAUUGUAUUGAAUAAAAAAAAUAACCAUUAAAUAUUGGUC